AUGUUGAUACUUUCCAUAGGUUUAAUCCACCACACAUCAAACAAAAGUUUAUACACCAUAUCACCAAAUAAAGGAAAAAGAUAUGAACCUUUUACCACGACGAGUCUUGGCAACUUCCAGUUCCAUGUAGUCAGGUUUUUACACAGAUUGAUUUAUGGGACACAAAGAUAUCAAGAAUUAUUCCCACCAAUACAAAAGAUUAAGAAUAUCAACAAUGUGAAACAGCAAAGGAUUUUCCCUGUGAAUUGUGCAGCAGAUGAUUUGGAUUUAGGCUUUGGUGAAUCAGAUCAAAUUGAGCUUUUUAACCAUCCUUCCAAAGACACUUAUGGCCAAUUUAACUUGAUUCAGUUAAUUGACAUUUUCGACCCACCACAGGUGCAUGCGCCAUCUUCAGCAGAUGAGUUUUUCAAGAGCAACAAGGGCUCUGAACACAUUGAUAUAUUUGAUAUGAUCACCAGACAACCACCGCCAUUCCACCAACACCAAUUAAAUAUCGAAACGCCAUAUUUUGAAGACUUUGCUACACCACUUGUUUUACCCCCACAUGAGGUCUCCUCAGAUGAUGUCGAGUCUUAUUUCUCUGGCUCUGUUUCAACAGUUUCUUCUAUUGAACCAUUAGAUGACGAGUUUGUACCACCACCGCAACCACCAAGAACUCACACAUCAAGAAAAAGAAAACACGAUUCAAUUUCACCACCAGCAUCAUCAGAUUCUUCUUCUUCUUCUUCUUACGUACCACAACUUAUACCAUCAAGCAGUUCUUCAGUUACAUCAAACGGCGAUUCACCUGUAUCUCCUACCACCAAGAGAAAAUACACCAAGAAAAAGCAACCAGUAUUUUCAAAUGUUGACGAACCUAUAGUCAUUACCACUACUACUAAAACAAACAAUAUUGAUGUUAAAAAAAUCACCACAACUAAAAAUGGGACAGUUGAGAAUAGAUUUGAUUGUCCAUCUUGUGAUGCUUCUUUCAAAGUUAAAGGAUACCUCACGAGACAUUUGAAAAAGCAUUCUACGAGUAAGGCAUUUGAAUGUCCAUUUUUCGAUAACCAUGGUGUUCAUGGAAGUAAAUGUCAUCCAACAGGUGGAUUCAGUCGGAGGGACACUUUCAAAGUUCAUUUAAGAGCCCUUCAUUUUAUAUAUCCUGCUGGUGUAAAGGCAAGUCAGAGAAAUAGUUUUAAUGGAAGAUGUGCUGGCUGUUUCCAAUAUUUUGACAACAACUCUGAAUGGUUAGAAAACCAUAUUGAAGCUGGCAAGUGUACGGGAACUGUGCAAUAUAAACAGAAUGUAAGCAAUCUAUUACUAGAUUAA